AUGCACUUCCCAAUCAAUACCGCCAUAGUCUUGGCUAUCACCGCCGCCCUGGGAGCAAGCCAAACGUUGACGCUGACUCCUUACCCUACUUCUGGCUGCUCGGGCUCGGCUGGCCCCGUUUUCACCACUGCUAUUUCAGACUACUCGAACUUUUGUGCUGACUCUGCGGGAUGGCAGGCAUAUCAAGUGGACGGAGAUGAUAGUCUUUUUCCAGUUGGAAUGGCAGGCUGCGACGACGAUUCUUGUGGAAGUUGCGAUAUCGAUGAGGCAUGCAGCUCAAUUUCGGCCUCGGGAUGCUUGAAUCUUGCUCAUCCGGACGGCGAGUACAAGGAUAGCCAGAGCGUUCAGCUUUCCGAUGGCACCCUAUGCGAUCCGGGUUAUCUCAAGAUGAGGCGAGCCGUUGAAAGAAGCCUACACUAA